AUGAAGAGCAAAGCAAGGGACAUUGAAGAGGGUAUCCGCGGUGCGAUUGGUUGGUCUUCAAGAAGAGGAAAACAAGUAUUUGGAGACCCUGGUUCUCAUUUUAAGCAGCUUCCGGAUCCCGUAGACUACAAAAAGAUUGGAGCUCCGACCAAAGACGGUGACUCCUUUUGCACAAGGACAUGUGGCUGUCUUGGCACAGUCUUGUGGUCGAUUCUUGGUCUCAUCAACCUUUUCAUCGGCCUGAUUGUAAUCUUUUUCGCUGUCUUGAUUUCAACGUUUUGUUCCUUGUUCAACCCAUACCCAAAAAGAAGUAAAAAGUUUUCUAUUUUCUGUUGUUUUGAAACGAUCAUUGAUCGAGUUGUGAUGGCAGGCAAGAAGAUUCGUGGAAUCCCAUGGAUGAUGAUUCUUUUUUGGGACGACGAUGGUUGGGUUGAAUUUUUAGAGAGGUGCACCAAGCAUAAUUACUUCGUGCUGACAUGGUGGCUAGAGAAUGAAUGGAUCCCGAAACUAGGCUAUAGAAGCGAAAUCGCAGUUUUCAUUUUUGCAAGAGUCGGAAGGGCAAAUAAAGUAUCUAAGCUUUCGGGCGUUGAUGGCCCAGACGAGGAGACUCAAGCGCGAAGAGAAGUCUCCAUGAGUAUGGUGGAAGAGUUCCUUCGAGAAAAGCGGGACGUCGACGCUCUUGAGUAUCUGAAGGCAUGUCAUGAAGAAGGAGCCGAUUUGAAUUGGCCCGAUCCAUAUGGCACCACUGUUCUAAGCGUGGCCAUUCGACGCUGUUAUGUUCAGUGUGUCAAUUGGUUGCUAGAACAGGAUGACGCUGACCCGAACCGCCAAGACCACUACUACGGGAAUACAGGCAUGCACCUUCUUGUUCAGAGAACCAGCAAGCUUGGCGAUGGAAAGGCAGCUGCAAUGGUGCGGUUGCUCCUCGACACCAAUAAAUCUGACUUUACCAUUCUUAACUUUCAUGGUGAUUCAAAAAAAAUUAAUUUCCUCAAGAAAGAAAGGGGCCGCACUCCUUACAUGAUGCUGCGCAAUCCAAGCAAGUUUACAGAAUGUGCAAACGCACUAAAGCCAAGACCCUCCUUUGACCAACUGAAAAAGCUUCUGAAGAAGAAGAAGAAAAGUGCCAGGCAGAAGUGCGAUGACAUCUAUAAGUUAAUCAGCAAAAGUCACAAUGGCGAUAGAAGCUUGCAUCAUCUUCAUGUGAUUGAUAUGCUUUUCUGUGCCAACGAAGGUUCGCACAAAGAGUUGGAGAGUCGACGGAAAACCAUCUUCGAUGACUUCUUGAAGCAGGUGUUGUUGCUCUCGACCCAAGAAGUCUCUGAUGACGACAAGCUAACCCAUGACGAUGUAGCACUUCUUCGUUGGAUGUAUUAUCAAUCAGCGGGCCCCCCUGGGACCACCAAGGAAGAAGCAAGAGGGGCCUAUAUUGAAGAGUUCAAUAAACUUCUUGAAGAUGCCCAAAAAAGUAUUGAAAAGCGGUAUGGCGAAGUCUACAAAUCAUUGGAAUCCGAAAAAGAGGCCGAUGAGUUUUUCGACAUUGGCCGUGAGCUGUAUUACACCGCCCCCAAACAAAAACUGAGACAUUCGUCAUUCCUGCCUCUUCCUGACUUUGCUCGAAACUACAAUGGUAUCCAAGCUGUUCGUGACUUGAAAGCAGUUGGUGCCAUCCAAAACUCUGGCGACUUUUGCGAUCUCCUCCAAGGUCGCCACCGACUGUUUGGUGAUCAGCCUCUCAUUGGAUUGUUCUUGGGCGACCCCAAGGAAUACGAAAAGUCGGCGCUUUGGAGGAGUCUGUUGCUAAUCUGGCAGAUUUGUCUUCAAGAAAUUAUCAAGGAGGAGUUCGAAGAGAAGAUGAGCGCCAUAGCAGACAAAGUCGAAGGUGUCUCAUUCAAGAGUGCUCCGGGCGUCAAAGGAUUCCUUCGAUCAUAUGAAAAGACAGAGGAAUAUGGCCAAGAAUUUUCGGAAGGUGUUGAUGCUUCGAUGAGAGUUAUUGAUGGACUUCGGUGCAGCUUCAUUGUUGAUUCGCUUUCUCAGAAUCUUCAAGUUGGCAAAUUGAUUGAGAGUACGUUUGGGGUAGCACGAACCAAGAAUCUGCACCAGCGUGGUAAUGUCAGGUAUGCGGAUCGGAAAUACAAUGUUGUGUUUGUGAGCGAUAGGAAAGUAGAUGGAGUCAGAGGCCCCAUCCAGGUGAUUUGCGAAGUUCAAGUAUUGCUUAAGAAAUACGACGCAAUCAAGGCGGAUGGACACUUGCUGUACGAGUUCCAGCGAGAGCCAGAACAAAAAGCCCCUUUGAAACUUCGCUCAACUGCAAGAGACGUCAAAAAACUCUGUAAUUGUUUGGGUAAGUGCUGUGAUCUCUUGGACUUCUGCUAG